AUGAAAAGAGAUUCCUACCAGGGCUUCGCCAAAUAUACAGAUGAUAUCAACCGGUACCUGCAACAAACGGUAGCCGGACUUCCGAACAGCAGCAUUACCAGAUCAGAAUCGUUAUCCAAUGGAGCUGGCCAAGCUGCUCUUGCGGCCCUAAGAAUUCAUUCACAGCAACAACAGCCUUCUUCACCUCUUGCAGCACCACAAAAAAUAGGAACAGCACCUCGUAGAUCUAAUUCUUUGUCGAAUGCCAACAGAUCCAAUUCGUUACGAAGCUAUACCUAUAAUCCCAAGCCAUCCUAUGUCACGGGGCCAGCUGCUCAUCAACCUUCAAAUGUAGGAAGACGCUACAGUAGUCUCACCAAUACGCAGUUGAAUUCAUAUCAACAGUUACAAGCCAAGCAGGCUGCUGGACAUUUAGCUCGUCCAGUAUCAACCUCGUAUAGAAGACCCAGCAUUGACCAGGUUUACGAAGGAGGGGAUGAAGUCGAAGAGGAAGAAACCAUUGUUACUACAAAGACAACUCGCGUAGUAGAUGCACAGGGUAGAACCCAGUCGAUCACAACACAGACUAUCAAAACUCUUCCAGACGGUUCUAACAUCAUCGAAACCACAACUAAGAAUAUAUCUAGAAGUAACUCCAGAACCAAUUCAUUGUCAUCAGCUACUGCAAACAGACACAACUCCUUAUUGGCCAACUCAAAUCCAGUCAAUUUGACUAAGAUUGAGGAGGACUUGCUGAAUUUCGAAUAUAACUAUCUUGAUCAUCCAGAGGCUAACAAGAACUUGAAAUUAAAUGUAGGCGAUUCUGCCAUUGUAAACAAGGAAAACCAGAAGUUAUUGGCUUCUCCAUUCAUACAGGAGAACCACAGCCCAACCAGUGAACACACUGUUCCGGAAAUACGAACUAACUCCAUCAACGGAAACGCCCUUGCUCCUGUUAUUUCUAACAGUUCUUCACCUAAUAAGCCUUUGAGAUCUAUUUUGAAGAAUUCACAGAAACCAAUUCUCAACGAAGAAGGACAAAUUAUUCCUCCAGAGCAACUCCAGGAACCAGGUUUUACUCAACCUCAAUCACCUCCAGUGGCAGCUCAUCCAUACAAAGAUUUCACCUCGAGUCCAAGAAGUCUAACACAACCACCUAAGAUCAGUCCACCAUCGCCGAAAAUAGCCAUUUCUCCUGCCGUAGCAGCUGCUCAGAAGCAAUAUUCUCCCAAGAGUACCGACUAUAGCAAUGAGUUGUCCAAGCCGAAAGUCGUCUCUCCACCUAGUUCAAUCAAAUUUGACGAUAAAGUUGAAACUAUUCCUAUUUAUAAUAAGAAACACGCACCAGUAAGACACGCUUCUCAAAAUUCUCAUGCUUCUACUCGUCCUUCUCAUUCUACUCAAUCUUCUCCACAGCAAAAACAAUCUGCACUGACUACAAAUGUUGAUUUCUAUGCUGCAGCCAUGGAAGCAGCUUAUAAGAGAGUCUAUGGAGAUAGAGUUGAUGCUAACGCUACAAAUGAUCCAAGUGCAAAAUUAUCAGAUCCACCAAUUGCAAACGAUAAAGAGGAAUUGACUAAACUCAUCGAAAAGAACUCCAAACUUGAAAAGAAGAACGAUGAAGGAUUAGAUGAUAACUACAGAUAUGAAAAUCAUUAUAAGGAAUUUGCUGGGCAUUCAAUGAGAGAAGAUAUUCCCAAGGGAUCGUCUAGAAAAGAAAGAGCCAAAGAGGAGAAGAGAUUGCAGAAAGAGAAGGAAGCAGCAGAGAAGAACGCUAGAAAGGAAGCUGAGAAAUCUGCUAAAAACGAAGAGAAGCUUGCAAGAAAGCAAGAAAAAUCAUCAAGAAAGGAAAGCAAGCACGUUGAAGCAGAAGUGAAAUCUGGCAAGAGUCCUAAAUCUGUGUUUAGCAUAUUUGGAAGAAAGAGAAAGCCAUCAAUUGAGAUCAGUGCUCCAAUUGCUGCUGCAGUUGCUCUUGAAUCAGCAGUCGGGGUUCAUACGGCUGAAACUCCAGUUGCUGCUGGUAGGGAAGUAGGAUCAAAUAUGGAAACCACUGAUGUAGAUGUAGGUCGUGCUGAAGAAUCUGCUGGAUCGAAGCCACUUCGAUUUAUUCCUCUUUCCAAGCCCAGAAUGAAGAGCAGAAAUGAACCUAACGAUGGACCUCCUGAGUACGAAGCCUCUUCUUCGUCAGCUUCUGUUCCAGUUCAUCAAACGUCGGUUCCUACUGAGAAUACUUCAACUCCCGUUCAGAGACCAGCUAAACUUGAAAGUGAACCAAUUCCUACUGAGAAUACCCCAGUCAGAUCUUCUUCAUCUACGGCUCAUCAAGUAUCAGUUCCUGCUGUGAACUCUUCAGCACCUGUUCAGAGACCUGCUCCAUUCGAGAGUAUGCCAAAUUCUGUUGAGAAUGCUACAAUCGAGGAUAUGUCUCCUUCAGCUAAGGAAAUUUCGAACCCUAUUCAGAAUGAAUCAGUUCCUAUAAAGGAAAUUUCUGUUCCCUCAGCUAUACAAGCAACAGCUGUUUCUAAAGAGGUAUCGCCUCCUUUGGAAGACACUCAGUUACCAGAACCUACAGUGUCAACAGAAACUAGUCCUGAGAUUGUUUCAGUUCCAUUUGACAAAGCUCCAGAACUUCCAGAAGUCAAGAAUGUAAUAAAAGACGAACUGGUCGGCAAACUUGAAACCUUGGACGAUAUCAAAGCCAAAUUGAGAAGAGAUAUGAAUAUUCAUAGUGAGGGAGAAAUCUAUGGGCAGACUCCUGGAAAACCUGAACUUCAAACUAUAGUCACAGGUAGCUCCAACCAAGACGAUAUUAGUGGUAUUGUCUCUGCCUAUGAGACCCAAGAAUCUGUGAAUCCUGAAUCAAAUAUCUCUGCGAGCGAGUCUAUCAAACCUUCUAGUGUAAUUCCUGUUCCCAAACUCAGCGAUAUAGGAACUACCAACAUUGAAGAUGAUGUUACAGACGAAGAGAUUGAGUCCGCAAGAUUGAAUGUGAGUGAAAUAAAGUCAAAUACAGGAACAGGAAGUGAAUUUCCAACUCCUCAUAACACUCCAAUUCCAAUUGAGCCAUCAGAAGAGCCAGCUAGCACUGGUGAAGAUUUGAAGCAAUUUUUGGCGCAGCCUGUAACAGAAAGCGAACAAAAGCUUGCUGAAGCUAGCAACAUUUCUCAGACAAUUGUUCCAAACAAUGUCGAAAAUGUGGCAAAGGAAACUCAUUCGUAUUCGAAUCCAGCAAUUUUUCAUGAAUAUCCGAGCCAAAUGCAACAAGGAACAUCUUCAAUUGGCAGUGGCAGCUAUAAGGAAGUAUUUAAGGGUCUUGAAUCGAAUGGAACUUUGGAUAACUUGACGUUACCUCGACGUGAAGAAGAAAAGCAAGCAACAAUAGAAUCUAACCAUGAAACUCCUCCCGAUGACAAAUCUACCAUUCCAACAAUUGGAUCACAGGGAUCUGAGCAACCAACCAAUUCCACUGUUGCAACUGAAAACCAGAAUGGGAACAACCAUACUAAUGUAAUUGCUCCUGAAAUUGUCAAUCCAACUGGGACAAGUGACGACUUAGUUGUGAAUAAAGUCGAAAAGAAGAAGCAAAGCAAAUUCAAGCAAAAGCUUUACAAAUACUUCAUUAAUAAUUACAAGUAG